GGGGAAACAGAAGACUAAAAAGUUUGCUUCAAUGAAGAGGAUGAUAAGUUUGAAAGAUCAGAGAAGCAUGCUAUGUUACUACCGCCGGUAGACACGAAUAUGAAUGUUGUACUUUCUGCACAGGUUCAUAACACACACCAUUUAGCGAGCUAACGUUAGUUGACUUACAAACCAUGCCAACUUUGUAUAUACAAAUUGUCAAGCUAACAAAUUGGCAUGGAUUGUCAGAAUAAAUAAUUAGCUAGCCAGUUUGCUUACUAAUUGUUCAUACAUUCCUUUCUUUACUUUGAAUAAGACAUAGCUAUCUUAUCAAUCAUGUUCUCUCCAGUUUCAUUUCCAUGGUAAUGACUGUGUUUCUUUAGAAAAGAGAAAGACCGUGCCAAAGUACAAAAAAUAAGAAAGAUCCUUCAGAAAUAAAGGAAAAAGAAAUGUAAGUACAUCCGAGUAAACAAAUACAAACGUACCAAUAGCUCUUAACUGAUAUUCAAUAUAUUGUCAACACAUGAUUGAUUAUAAGUUGAUACCUUCUUACUGUGUGUUCACACAUUCCUUUCCUACCUGCAGGCCAAAAUACCCAUCAUGCCUGUUCUUCCAGUACAACACUCAGCUUGGUCCCCCUUAUCACAUCCUCGUCGACACCAAUUUCAUAAACUUCUCCAUCAAGGCUAAACUCGACAUAGUUCAGUCAAUGAUGGACUGCCUGUACGCCAAAUGUGAGUAUCUGGAAAAGUUUAUUCAGCUGAAACUCAAUUAAUGUAACCCUAUUAGACAAUAACUGUAUAUUUAAAAUUAUUAUCUUGCUUGUUAUCAAGGUAUCCCAUGCAUCACAGACUGUGUAAUGGCUGAGAUAGAGAAACUGGGGAUGAAGUAUCGAGUUGCUCUAAGGUAACUAGCCUGUUGUGAAGACCAACACCCAGAUACAUCUAGACAUAUAGAGACAUAAAAACAUGAUCAGAGCACAGGAGGUUGGUGGCACCUUAAUUGGGGAGGACGGGCACAUGGUAAUGGCUGGAGCGGAAUAGUGGAACGGUAUCAACAACAUAAAACACAUGGUUUCCAUGUGUUUGGUGCCAAUUCCAUACGCUCUGUUCCAGACAUUAUUGUGAACGGUCCUCCCCUCAGCAACUUCCACUGGAUCAGAGGGUUAUUAUUGACAGAUAAAUAUUUGUCUCUCUGUAGGAUAGCCAAGGAUCCUCGGUUCGAACGACUGCCAUGCACCCACAAAGGAACUUACGCUGAUGACUGCUUAGUUCAAAGGGUAACACAGGUAAUGUAGUUUAAUGUACUAAAUUGACUAUAUAUUAUACUGAUCAAAAAUAUAAACGCAACAUGUAAAGUGUUGGUCCCAUGUUUCAUAAGUUGAAAUAAAAGAUCCCAGAAAUGAUCCAUAUGCACAAAAAGCUUAUUUCUCUCAAAUUGUGUAAACAAAUUAGUUUGCAUCCUUGUUAGUGAGCAUUUAUCAUUUCCAGGAUAAUCCAUCCACCUCACAGGUGUGGCUUAUUAAAAAGCUGAUUAAACAGCAUGAUCAUUGCACAGGUGCACCUUGUGCUGGGAACAAUAAAAGGCCACUCUAAAAUGUGCAGUUUUGUCACACAACACAAUGCCACAGAUGUCUCAAGUUUUGAGGGAGCAUCCAAUUGGCAUGCUGACUGCAUGAAUGUCCACAGGGUUCGCACAAGCUGCUUAAAGUACUUGAAUUUGCCACACAUUCAAGUACUGCAAUACCUUGAAAAUCAGAAAUGUUCUCAAGUUGGUACUUUAAUUAAAUUGCACCUUUUUUUUAAAGGUAUCUGUGACCAACAUAUGCAUAUCUGUAUUCCCUGUCAUGUGAAUUCCAUAGAUUAGGGCCUCAUUUAUUUAUUUCAAUUGACUGAUUACCUUAUAUGAACUGUGAUCUUUGAAAUUGUUCCGUGCUGCAUUUUAUAUUUUUGUUCAGUGUAUAUUAGGUGAACCCUCUAGUCAUUAGAACACUGGUUUUAUACCAGAGCAUCAAUUCAAUUGUGUGUCUUUCACAGCACAAGUGCUACAUCCUGGCAACUGUGGACAGAGACCUGAAGAGAAGAAUCAGAAAGAUCCCAGGAGUACCCAUCAUGUACAUCUCCAACCAUAGGUCAGAAUUAACAUUAGAUUAUUAAUGUUUAAUGGGUCAUUUAUGUGGCUAUAACUACGUUUAUAACUAGGUAAUAUAUAGCAAAUAUUAUACACUGAGUAUACCUAACUUUAGGAACACCUUUCUAAUAUUGAGCCCCACCCCCUUUGCCCUCAGAACAGCCUCAAUUUGUUGGCGCAUGGACUCUACAAGGUGUCGAAAGCGUUCCACAGGGAUGCUGGCCCAUGUUGACUCCAAUGCUUCCCACAGUUGUGUCAAGUUGGCUGGAUGUCCUUUGGGUGGUGGACCAUUCUUGAUACACACAGGAAACUGUUGAGCGUGAAAAACCCAGCAGCGUUGCAGUUCUUGACACAAACCAGUGCCCCUGGAACCUACUACCAUACCCCGUUCAAAGGCACUUCAAUCUUUUGUCUUGCCCGUUCACCCUCUGAAUGGCACACACACACAAUCCAUGUCUCAAGGCUUAAAAGUCCUUCUUUACCCUGUCUACACUGAUUUUGAAGUGGAUUUAACAAGUGACAUCAAUAAGGGAUCAUAGCGUUCACCUGGAUUCAGUCUGUCAUGGAAAGAGCAGGUGUUCUUGAUGUUUUGUAUACUCAGUGUAUGGCAAUAAAAUGUAUAGCAAGAUAAAAUACCUUAUACUAUGACAUUUAAACCAUGUAUAACAAUAUUUUUUUUCACAGGUUCAACAUUGAAAGAAUGCCUGAUGACUAUGGUGCUCCAAGAUUUUAACAUUCAGUGGAUGGACAUGCAGAUGGAAUUUAAAUUCUGUGGCUUCUGUCGAGGAGGAUUUGAUUUGUUUGGAGGAUUUGAUUUGUUUACCUGCUUAUUGUAUAUUAUCAAAGGACUUGAGUUUAUGCUGGGUUUUAUUUUGUGAAAACAGGAAUGACAGAAUAAUAUAUUUUGCAAGCUUAAAGUCCAGCUGUGUAAUUCUUACCAAUCCAAACACAUUUUUUGUUCCAUAAAAGUGCAAUAAAUUAAUAAAAGAAAAGUAAAAUGUAUCCAGUUUUUUUUUCUGCCAUAGUGUGAAGAUGUAGGCUAUCCUUAGUCCUAGAGUUUUGAUAACUUGGAGAAUGCAUUUAUUAUACAGUAAGCUCUUCAUCUGUUCUGCGUGUAUCCAAGAAUGGUGCUA